CCGCCAUCACCAUCCCCGAUGCCGGUAACGUUUAGUUCUCGUCCACCACGUCCGUCUUCGUCUCCAGAGCCUGCAUUCACCAACGCCGACGACUCUAUCGUCCUCUCCGACCUCGUUCGCUCCGGCGAAGCCUCCCGACUCCGCCGCCGAGGCGCUAUCCGCGACGGCCCCCUUUCCUCCCAUCGCCAAACUUCAUCCAUGUCUUCAGCACCAGUCUUCUCCCCACCAGCACCCACUUUUGCCGCUACUGCAUCAAGAUCAAUAUUCAGACCACUGUCUCCUGUCUGGCGAAAUGACUUCCAGGAGUCGAGGGAUCCAGACUUUCAGGGAGUGGAUGAUGAUGUUUACCAGUAUGACGAUGAUGAGGAUGCGAAUGGAGAGUGGCAGUGGGGAAGGACGCAGGGUGCGAUGGACAGUGCUGGAAAUGUAGAGAGGGAGGGUCGUCGACAGGCUCUUGAAGCAGACAUCCGACUCGAAGACACUGAUCAUUCCUCUGGUUCUUUCAUACUCCUCUGCGGCGCCGAAAUUGCUCCCGACGCCCAGGAUCUUUCGUCCCAUUUCGCUUCGACUAGCAAUGCACCGCGUAGGAAGCCCUCUGCAUUCUGUCCCGUUUCGCCCGCUCAGCGUCCGCCCCGUCCACGACGGACCAAUGGGUGUGGCGCCAUAGUUCAUCUCUCCGGUAUACCACGGCGCCGUCAUGGUGUCUGGAUAGCUCGUGGUGCUGCGACACCGGAUGUUGUUUCUAUGCCCACCUCCUAUUUCGACUGCACGGCAGUAGCCAAGAUGAUGAAGAGUGCGUGCGGUUGCGUGCGUGAGGGCGUAGGGUGUAGUGUUUGUGGGAAUAUUCUGGGCACUAUCUACACUCCCUGUCAAGCCGCAGCCGACGGUCUCUUUACGCCUCCAACGCCCACUACCGCCCGACCCACAAGCGCAACCACAAAUUCAUCAUCCACAAGGACGAAUCACGCUCACUCACCAUCCACGACAACUCCGGAACCUUCAUUCUUCCCCUCUGGGCCGUCAUACUGGCUCCCACCAUCCCAGUCAUCGAAUAACCAUCCUGCUCCUGCAACAUCAGCAUCCUCUUCAUCAAAGAAAUCGUCGAGUCCACCGCGGCUCGCAAUCUACACCUUCUUCUCCACCCAUGUCCGUUCUACAGUCCCCUAUACUUUCCCUGCUGUUCCCACACCUCCGCCCUCUUCUUCCACACCUGCGCCGACACGUGCACCAGCACAAAUAUCGCAAUACGAUACUGCACUACCGGCAGCAUCCUCCUCGUCAUCGAUAUUGGCAGUGGGGUAUGGCGCUGGCCCUCGGCCCUCUGUGUAUCCGUACGGGGCACAGAGGCUGACGUCUAGCUCAAACAUCUUCGGGCGCUCGAACGAGUCCCAACCGUCACGGUCUCAGUCGCUGUCUCUGUCUCAAUCCCAGUCCCGCGCACAACUGCAGUCCCGACCGUCGUACCCUUACCCGUACCCGUCCCCUUAUCCCUACGCGUCGCAGGCGCAAUCACAGUCUCAGACAACGCUCGCAUCGACGACUUCACUCGGGUCUGCUCCUGGGUCUACCGUGAAUGUAUCGGAUCCGGCUCUGCCCACACCCCGCAUGCCUGCUCCUCUACAGCGCCAGAACACGGUCACGAGCGAGAAUGGUAGUGCAACCAAUGGAGCCGAGCCCCUCCCAACACUGAGUUCCGCGUUUGAUCCAUCGCAACUCCAAACACAGACCCAAACACAAACACAGAAUCAGACUCAGCAGACCCAAUCAUGGUCGAACUUAUUCUCCAACGCCAGUUCUCCCCCACCUCCCCCGUCACUCCCACCUCCCUCUGCGGCUUCUCCAGCCCCACGAUUCCCGCCUCUACGUCGGUGGACCUCAUACGCUCUAGAGGACGUCUUACUCCCCUGGGACGCGUUCGAGAAUAUCCCCAACGGCAACGGCUCGUCUUCGGCGCGCAGUUCUCUAGAACAGCAAAUGGAGGACAGGGAGAGGAAUAGGGAUACGGAUCGGGAGAGGAUAAGGUUGACGAGGAGGGGAAGGACGCGGAUGCCGAGUUUUGCGGCGCCGCCUGCUUCGAGCGCUGUUUCGCCGAUGGUGGGUGCUAUUGGGGGUGUUGGUACGGGCACGGCGUCGGCGUCGGCGUCUACCGCGCAGUCGCAAACGCAGACGCAGACGCAGCUUACGGGGUGGGGCUCGACGUUGGGUGCGGAUGUGCUUUUGGAAGUGGCGGCGAGGAGGAGCCAGAGGGAGAGGAUUAGACAGGUGCGAACUGAGGAUGAGAGGUGGAGGGAAGAAAGAGAGCGGCAGAGGGAGAGAGAUAGGGAAGAGAGGAUGAGACAGGUGCGAUCUGAGAGUGAUAGGUUCAGGGAAGAAAGAGAGCGGCAGAGGGAGAUAGAUAGGGAAGAAAGGGAACAGCAGAGGGCGAGAGAUAGGGAGGAAAGAGAGCGUCAGAGGGAAAGAGACAGAGAUGGAGACGUUGCUGAUGAGGCUAGUGGUGGCGAGGGUGUGGCGGUGAAUAAUUUGGUGAAUUUGAGCGCCAUGUUUUCGGGGGCUGACGAGAAUGGGGAUGUGCGGGAUGGGAGGGAUAGUAUGGAGGGGAGGGAGUACAGUUAUGAGGAGAUGAGGAUGAGGGGCGCGAGUCCGGCGAUGGAUAUGGAAGCUGAGAUUGAGAUGGUGGAAGAUGAGGGUGUGCUCCUGGGAGAUGAGGUAGUUUUGGAUUCAGGUGUGUUCGAUGCGGAUGCGGGUGACGUGGGCGAGAAGCCGGAGGGUGCGUUGAGUCCUGGUGGUGGUGGUAUGAUGUGGGCGGAGCGGUAAUUGGUGGGUUCUCUUUGUUUGUUAAUGAUGUUCAUGACCAUAGACACAAUUCUCGUGCGUCGCUCUUCCUUUGGAAUCGGGGUGUCGUGUUGGUUGUUGCCUCUUGUAUAAUUUUCUGUGGAUUCCUAUCACUUCGUCGUCCUUGCAUCCAAUCCCGUUCUUGAUUUCAUGAUAUUACAUAUCGUUGUCUACUACGGCGACGAGCACUCUCGCCCUCUCGCCAUCUUCAUUUUCCAUGUUUAUUAAUGCUCGCCCCGGUCUUGUCACUAGUACUCCCAUCCCCAUCGAUAUCGCCCCUCCCCAUGUGCAUGUUUCAUCUACUUAUUUAUUCGCUGCUCCGGUACUCACAACACGUGCAUAGCUCUGAAUCCCUUUCCCCCAAGUCCUCUCAUCACCUCACCCGUCUGUUCUCUCUACCUAUCCUGCUCGUCAC